UUCGACUUCGCCUCUCAAAAAGGCUAAACCCUCCGCCACGUCACGCGCCUCCUCCCCUAAUCGUCUCCCCUCUCCCCAGUCCCCAUCUCGCCGCCGCGCCGCCAAGCCCCACCAACCGCGCCAUGGCUACCGCCGCCGCCUCCUCCUCCCUCUCCCUCCUCUUCUCGCACCCCCGCUCCGGCCACUCGUCCGCCCACAGGAGGGGCCCCCAACUCCGCCUCCCCGCCCGCGCCAGCCGCCCGCGCUGCGCCUCCUCCGACGCGCCCGCCACGGCCACGAAGCACCGCCGCCCCGCGGAGGAGAACAUCCGCGAGGAGGCGGCGCGGCUCCGGGGCCCCGCGCAGGGGUUCUCGGCGUGGUACGAGCCCUUUCCCCCGGCGCCCGGCGGCGACCCCAACGAGCGCUACUCGAUCGACGAGGUCGUCUACCGCUCCAGCUCGGGGGGCCUCCUCGACGUGCGCCACGACAUGGAGGCGCUGGCGCGCUACCCGGGCUCCUACUGGCGGGACCUCUUCGACUCCCGCGUCGGCCGCACCGCCUGGCCCUACGGCUCGGGGGUCUGGUCCAAGAAGGAGUUCGUGCUGCCGGAGAUCGACUCCGACCACAUCGUCUCCCUCUUCGAGGGCAAUUCCAACCUCUUCUGGGCGGAACGCUUCGGCCGCGAGCACCUCGGCGGGAUGAACGAUCUCUGGGUCAAGCACUGCGGAAUCUCCCACACGGGCUCCUUCAAGGACCUCGGCAUGACGGUGCUCGUCAGUCAGGUGAACCGCCUCCGCCGCGCCCCGCUCUCGCGCCCCAUCGCCGGUGUUGGCUGCGCAUCCACGGGAGACACCUCCGCCGCGCUCUCGGCGUACUGCGCCGCCGCUGGAAUCCCCGCCAUCGUUUUCCUGCCAGCAGACCGCAUCUCGCUGCAGCAGCUCAUCCAGCCGAUCGCCAAUGGCGCCACCGUGCUCUCUCUCGACACUGAUUUUGAUGGCUGCAUGCGCCUUAUCCGGGAGGUGACUGCGGAGCUGCCAAUCUAUCUUGCCAAUUCGCUCAACUCCCUUCGCCUUGAGGGACAGAAGACAGCGGCCAUCGAGAUAUUGCAGCAGUUCAAUUGGCAGGUGCCGGAUUGGGUCAUUGUUCCAGGAGGCAAUCUUGGGAAUAUCUAUGCCUUCUACAAGGGAUUCGAGAUGUGCCGUGUUCUUGGGCUUGUUGAUCGUGUGCCACGGCUUGUCUGUGCACAGGCUGCAAAUGCAAAUCCAUUGUACCGUUACUACAAGUCAGGGUGGACUGAGUUCCAGCCACAAGUUGCUGAAACUACAUUUGCAUCUGCAAUACAGAUCGGUGAUCCUGUGUCUGUUGACCGUGCUGUGUUCGCACUGAAGGCAACUGAUGGUAUUGUGGAGGAAGCUACAGAGGAGGAGCUCAUGGAUGCAACGACACUUGCUGACCGCACCGGGAUGUUUGCUUGUCCACAUACUGGAGUUGCGCUUGCUGCUCUGUUUAAGCUCCGGGAUCAGCGUAUCAUUGGGCCUAAUGACCGUACGGUGGUUGUUAGCACAGCUCAUGGGCUGAAGUUCACACAGUCAAAGAUCGACUACCAUGACAAAAAGAUCCAGGGCAUGUUGUGCCAGUAUGCUAAUCCACCGAUCAAUGUGAAGGCUGACUUUGCUUCUGUGAUGGAUGUUCUCCAAAAAAAUCUCAAUGGUAAGAUAUAAGCUUAUAUGUUUAAUUAACCCUCAAAGCGUUUUUUUUUGUCAAUUAUCAUCGCCAGGAUUCUAUUCCUGCAUCCUUUUGAACUAUGGUUGGUGAACAUGAUAUGGUGGAAAGAUCCAUAUCUUGUAGUACUAGGUCUGGAGGCUCUUCUAAUUAUAGGUCGAAGUGGAUAGAGCUAUUCCUUGUACUUUUAACUGUAUCAUGUAAUAUGAAUAAUAAAUUAUGGUCAAAGUGUUUGAAUGAAUAAAUGUUUGGAAUGGCCAAUGCUGGAUUGUGCUGUUUU